CUCAGCAAUUUCAACCCCACGUAGCCUGGGAGUGUCCAUUCUUUCUGACACAGCACAAUUCACAUUCAGAAUCGAUUCGAUUCAAAUUGCCGUCUUUGACUUCCUGGCUCUUCUUCUUCUUCUUCUUCUUCUUCCUCCAUCUUCCACUCUCUCUGCUCCAAAAUGGCUCUGCAUGCUCCUCCUACUACUCACCUCCACUUCCAGAUUCCCCGUCCCCCAAACCUCCCCCGCUUCCGUCAUCGCCUCCCCAGUCCGCCGCCGCCAAAUCUCACUUUCCGCGUCCCUCACUCCCACUCUCUUCGUUCUCACUCGAUCUCUCCAAUAUGCAGAUGCGCAUCGCUUAACUCUUUGGAUUCUUUCGAUUCGGAAUCGGAUCAAAACUAUGCGUCUGAAUCACCUCAGAUCCCUCAACGAAAUAAGGUUUCUUUUGUGGAGCUCCUGAAGAAAUCAAGCUCUUUUCUACCACAUGUAACCAUCGCCAGUACACUGUUGGCUCUUGUCUUUCCACCUUCUUUCACAUGGUUUACAAACAGGUACUAUGCACCUGCAUUGGGUUUCUUGAUGUUUGCAGUUGGGGUUAAUUCCAGCGAAAAGGAUUUCCUUGAAGCUUUCAAGAGACCAGCAGCUAUUUUUACUGGUUAUAUUGGCCAAUUUGUUGUCAAGCCUCUUCUUGGAUAUAUUUUUGGCAUUAUCUCAGUAGCAAUAUUUGGUCUUCCAACUCCAGUAGGUGCGGGGAUUAUGUUGGUAUCUUGUGUUAGUGGCGCCCAGCUCUCAAACUAUGCUACUUUUCUGACCGACCCACAAAUGGCUCCUCUAAGCAUUGUCAUGACAUCAUUGUCUACUGCUACUGCUGUAUUUGUCACACCAUUCUUAUCGCUUCUGCUCAUUGGAAAGAGAUUGCCUGUUGAUGUAAAGGGAAUGGUCUCCAGCAUUCUGCAGAUUGUAGUUACACCAAUUGUUGCAGGCUUGCUUUUGAAUAGGUUUCUUCCCCAGAUAUGUAAUGCUAUUCGGCCAUUUUUGCCUCCACUAUCAGUAUUAGUAACAGCAUGCUGUGUUGGAGCACCACUUGCCAUUAACAUCGAGUCUGUUCUGUCUCCUUUUGGAUUAACCAUUUUGUUGCUCAUUAUCACAUUUCAUUUGACGGCGUUUAUAGCUGGGUAUUUUCUUACUGGCAUGGCCUUUCAUGGGGCACCUGAUGUCAAACCAUUACAAAGAACACUAUCCUAUGAGACAGGAAUGCAAAGCAGUCUUCUGGCCCUUGCACUUGCUAAUAGAUUUUUCCAAGAUCCACUAGUGGGAGUUCCUCCAGCAAUUUCUACUGUGGUGAUGUCUUUGAUGGGUUUCUCCCUUGUCAUGGUUUGGACCAUAAGGAAAGAAUGAACCUGACAGAUAGAUCUCAAAUUGUUUUGAAGUGGACCAUGUCGUUCUGGAUGGCUUGCAUAUGGACUUGGAGUAUGAACUGAUAAAGAUUUAGGAGUACAAUCAAGGCCAAACUUCAUAUUCUUCCUUCUUAUUUCGGCCUCAUUCUUACUGAGAGUUUUCUUUCAAAUGAUUGUACUUUGCAUCAACUCAUUUUGCAUGAGAAGAGUUUCCUAGAGCCUAUUUCUAAUAGUCGGUGCAAUUGGAAUCAGUUGUUAUCUACUGUUAUCUAUACCAUUUCUUAAUGAGUUGUUGAAUGUCUAUUCU